AUCUGGAAGAGGGGACUCCGGAAAGGGAGCGGGCAGGAAAGGACAGCGGCCGCCUUACAAGCCUUUGAUAUAUCCUGUGUGGACCCAGAUCGCUUUUACGAUUACAUUGUGUGGACCCAGCAAGAGGUGGUUAAUAAUUUGUUUUGCCCGCUGGAUAAGCAGAGUCUCAAAAUACUUCAAACUACCUCAGCCUUUAAUGUUGAUUGGAGCAAAGACUGUCAACCACUUAACCUCAGUGCUUCAGGACGCCUACACAGCACGCUGCACAACACAACACCCUAUCUCUCCUUUAAGCACCCAGAGGCUGAGGAUUCAGGCAAUCACACCUGCACACUCUACUUGAAUGAACAGAGAAACGCCUCCUUCACUAUUCGACUGGUCAUGGCAGAUCUUUGCAGCGUGCUACCCAAAUUCCUCUACCCCUCUAACAAUGUGACUUUGGAGUGCGCUCUAGGAAGCCAGUUACCAUUGAACUGCACCGUGCAGCUGCCCUUUAGCCAGCACUGUGACCUUGUCCUCCACUGGAUGAAAGAUGACCUGCGGUUAGAUGGUGCUACCACUCAAUGGUUCAGUGACAAUGCAACAGAGAUCUUUAUUUCCAGCAUUUUGGAUGUGAAUGUGACUACUGAUGAGAAUUGCGGCGUUUUUGCCUGCGUGGUUAGAAACAGCACAGCGGUUUUCACACUGCAAAAAUCAGUUGAGGCUGCUGGACACUUGGGUGCUGUGCUAGUUGCAUUCUUCAUCCUGACACUGUUGCUGCUAACGAGCGUUACAUACGUGAAGUGUCGUCUGAAUGUGCUGCUGUGGUACAGGAACCGUUAUGGCGAUCUGGAGAUUAAUGAUGGCAAGCUCUAUGAUGCCUAUGUGUCUUAUGCUAACGCAACAGAUGACAUAAAGUUUGUGAACUUCAUAAUGAAGCCACAGCUGGAAAAUCGUUAUGGUUACAAACUCUUCCUAGAUGAUAAAGAUGUUCUGCCCAACUCAGAGCCUUCUGCAGAUCUGAUCAUGAAUGUCAGUCGGUGCCGUCGCCUCAUUGUUGUUCUUUCUAAUGCUUACCUGGAACAGGAAUGGUGCAACACUAAUUUCAGGGAAGGUCUGUGGAGACUGUUGGAACUGUCUCAGAGGCCAAUCUUUGUUGCCUUCGAGAGCCAGUACAGGGAAAUAGCGCAUCCAGCCAUUGAUUUGCUGAAACAGCACAAGAGCACGGUGACUCUGCUGAUGUGGCGUGCUGGUUCCAUGAUGCCUUCAUCUGAUUUCUGGAAGGAACUGUGCCUUGCCCUGCCACGGAAAAUGUCCUCUCGAGGCCUCAGAGGAGACCCCCAAACCCAUCUCCAGGAAGAUAAGGAUCCCAUGUUGAUCAUCCACAGCAACUACCUGGAUUUCCGAGGGGAAUCUCACCCUGAGGGAGACACUGGUAACGGUGUCCGAGGACCCAUCUUCAAAGGUCCACCCCCUCCUCGAAUGACUGGCUCUGCUGGUCCUCCAUUUGGUACACUGGAAGAAGUGCAGCUUGGAGAAAACCAAAGGAAUGAGAUCGACAUUUCUGAUUUGGGAUCUCGCAACUAUGGAGCAAGGACAGACUUUUACUGCCUCGUGACAGAAGAUGACAUAUAAGAGAUUCUGGAGUAAUUUACUCUAUGCAUCUGACCAUCUUUAGUAGCAUGAUGUUCCCUAACGAGGAUAAUCUGCUUGGCUAAUUUCUUUAAACCAAUCUAUUAGCUAAUCUUGGGGGAUAUCUAUUUUCAUAGUGCCUUACAGUAACAUUUACAUGAUGAAUGUCCUGCGUUUUUGAAACUGUUUAAAAAUCAAGGGGAAUUUUCAGGGAGGAAAAGUUGUCUUGAAUGACAUGGCAAAUUUUCAAAUGUUACUGGUUUAGUGGGCCACCGUGCUGGGAUUGAUCUUUGCAACGGGCUCCAUCUUUAUUGCUAGCAUCCGUGGAAAGGCCCUGGAAUUCCAGAAACUGGUACCAAUGACUGGCUAGCAUUGAGGCCCGUCAGGGCAAAGACUGUGGCUCUUGUUUU